GCCUGACUUUGAUGGCAAAGUUUGAUGACAACAUUUGCCCACGAAAGACCGCCACGCCACCUUCCUGUUCAAUUGAGCACAGUACAACAAGGUUAGUCCAAAAAUGUCUUGUAUGCUGCUGCAUAAAUGAUGUAAUAUGACAGGGAGAUAUGUAUACUGUAGCUAAGAAAGUAAUGCUAAGUGUAUGUUGUAUAGUAAGUUGUUAGUAACCCAUGUGCCUCACCCUAAUAAUGUGGUCUAUUUUCCCCUCUUAAUUUCACCUACUGUUCUGACUUGGUGGUGCACAUGUAGCCUAUAACCUGUUUUAGAGAAAUGUAAUCAUUGGAUAUUGUACGAGCUUUCAUUGUCUGCUUAUAUGCCCCCUUUAUUUAUCAUACGGUUCUGACUUGGUGCACAGGGAGAACACUGUAACAACGGCCCAUGUUCUGAAAUCUGUCGCUGUACAUUACAAAUUUGCUGAACAAGUAGUUGACCAUGUCUGUCCUAGCUUGCUCAUUAAUGUCUUAAUCAAAAUUAUGGAUUGCCUCUUUAAAAAAAAGCUGAUAUGGCUGACUUGCUUAAACAAAUGUGGUUUCUACUGACAAUUGAGAUGUACAAACUAGGGCAUAAAGGGGCGACAAGUGGAUAAAAGGCAGUAAAUUAAGCUGGAUUAGCUGUUUCUCUGCCAGACAAAGCUCUGCUGAUAGCCAGGUGUAGCAGUGGAAAGGUGUUGAGACUGCUAUUAAACUCUGCUGUUGGGACAGCUUUAUGUAGGGCCUAACAGUUUGUGGGCCCCGUUUGUCACCGUUAUAGUGCAAUUAAUGUAUUGUUUAGUGUUGUGUUGAGUAGUGGCUUUGCUGGCAUGCACCCCCAAUUUUUGGGGGGGUUUGCCCAACCAAGAUAUACAUGCUAAAAUCGCCAUUGAGUUCAAGUUUCCAGAUUUUAACGAAUGGCCACCCGAAACAACUUUUCAUCCCCAACGGUUACUCUCUGCCAGGUUCCCCGCAGAAGGAAGCAAGCCACAUUCGCAAAUUUAAACAGAGACUUGAAAGGCAUUAAAAAUCAGCCGCAACAGCUAAGGUCUCGUUGGGCCAAGAGGCAGCUCCGGUGCAGCCACUGCUCCAAGCACUUCUCCCACAGCCAACAACUGAAGAUGCAUGAGAGGGUGCACACCGGAGGGGAACCGCUUAAAUGGGUCUACUGCAGGAAGUGCUACAAACAGUCAACACUUUCCUAGGUACAGAUCUAGGAUCAGAUUCCUCUCCCCCGAUCCUAACCUUAACUAUUAGUGGGAAAAAAUCAAAAACUGUCCCAAGAUCAGCUUCUAGGGGCAACUUCACACUACUCCACCUGGCGCAAUGAUUGACAAGGCCAGGAGUUUUUCCUGUGAUCAGACCAGUGAAAAACUCCUGGCCAUAGUUGUAAGGGGAAUGACUCCACACUUCUGGGGUUUUCAUAUGAAGACUGGGUCCGUGUGUUUUUGAGUUUGAUUGGAUUCCACAUUUAACGAUACUCUCUGUGUGUAGUGGUUGUGUAUUUAGGUCAACUAGCUUGAUGCUUGGUCCAGAGUGUUUUAAUAAUGAGUGAGUUAUUACAGGUGAAAAUUCUAAACAUCCUUAUGAAUUUACAUUGAUGCAGUGGUGAACCAAAGUACAGUAAUUAAGAAUUGAAAUGUCCCUUUGCCUCUCAACAAGAUAUAUUUACUGUUUACUAUUUAUAAUAGAAAUACCACAAAUAGUGUAAUGCUUUUUUCAUUUUUAAAUCACGAAAUAUUGUUUUAAGCAAAUAUCAUGUUUAUAAUAGCUACAACAUUGUUGUGGUGGAGCACUCCUGUACAGUAGGUGGCGCAUAUGAUCACAUGAAAGUGAUGAGGAACAGGAAAAAAUUAUCUCAACCGCAAGCUAACGUUACAAACAAAGCUAGCUAGCUAUCGAUGUUUAGUCUCUGAUAUUAUUGCAUUUGUUUUAGUAGCUUGUUAGAUAACUAUAUAUCGUCAUAAUAUAGAAAACAUAAAGACUGUUUUCAUAUUGAAAAGGGGCCAAAAGCGUCGGGGGACAAUGUCGGGUUCCGUGGUUGAGUUCCAGGCGCAGAUAGCCUCAAUCAUGGAGGUGCUAGCCAACGCGGCUGUAACCGAAAUCUGCAAAGUUGUUGACGAUGGCUAUGCGGUUGUACACAUGGAGAUGUCCCAAAGCCACAAAGACAACGAAUUUCUCCGGAGGAAAAUGAAAUUGAUGGAACUUCAGAUCGCCAGGUUUCGAGCGGAGAGAACAAAGUCUUCAGAGGGGUCCGUCCACAAUCGCUUCCAUGGAAUACGCCUCCUAAACAGACACAACCAUCGAGAGACUGCAACGACAGGACCUACUUGGCAAAGCAGAAACAGACUUUCCAACAGGAGUUUUGGGAACAGCAGCAUUCAAAGAGACAGACAGCCCAUAGACGUGGACCAAGAGCAUGUCUCUCCAUCAAAGCAUAUGGAUGCUACAAGUGAUGAGCAGUCAGCAGAGACAGAGGAAGGGCAACCAGACCUGCUGAUCAUCAAGGUGGAGGGAGAAGCAGAUUACCAGGACUCUAGGUUCAGCCACCCAGCUAGAACAGUGGAGGGCAGCAGAGAACUAACCACCCAACCGGCUGCAGCCACCACAGAGGACUUCGCCUUCCAGCUCAGUGGCCCCAGAGGCAACAACAACUACAACAACACAGCUAUGGAGCAGUCAGCAGAGACAGAGGAAGGGGAACCAGACCUGCUGAUCAUCAAGGAUGAGGGGGAAGCAGAUGACCAGGACUCUAGGAUCAGCCACCCAGCCAGAACAGUGGAGGGCAGCAGAGAACUAACCACCCAACUGGCUGCAGCCACCACAGAGGACCCCGCCUUCCAGCCCAGAGGCAACAUCUACAACAACAACUACAACAACACCGCUAUGGAGCAGUCAGCAGAGACAGAGGAAGGGGAACCAGACCUGCUGAUCAUCAAGGUGGAGGGAGAAGCAGAUGACCAGGACUCUAGGAUCAGCCACCCAGCUAGAACAGUGGAGGGCAGCAGAGAGCUCACCACCCAACUGGCUGCAGCCACCACAGAGGACCCCGCCUUCCAGCUCAGUGGCCCCAGAGGCAACAACAAUUACAACAACAUCGCUAUGGAGGUCAGUGGAUCUGACGUCGUCUUCCAAUCAGAAACAGGGAAUGUGAACCAGGGACCACAGCAGCACACAGGAUUUGAACCCAGAGCAGAGAGACCGAGUCUGGACACUAAGUGUGACAUGUACGGGGGCCUCAAUCUCCUAAGAGAUUCUUUAAACCAGGUGUGCAGACAGGUAGUAGUGACUGAUAAUGGAGCAUCAGCUGCUCACACUAAAGUAAUGGACCUAGGGAGUGGCCCAGUGGGCCCAGAAGCACAGAAUAGCUCAGACAUAGAAAUGAGAAGUGUAGGGUUAGAAAACCACAGGUUUUCCCCCAAGUCAUUCCAUUCCUCAUCAGAACAUGUGAUAGUGAUUGACUCUGUAUCCAGUGGACAGCAGGUAGAUAGAGAUUUUGAGUGGGGUCAGGUGGGUACAGCUUCUACACAGGUCAAUGGGACUGGAAAUACGCAGGGAGAGGGAGUGUUUGAGAGGAACGCACCUACGAUGGCAAGCCUCCAUAGACACUUUGAAAUACCAGGAAGAGGAGUUCAACAACCAGCUCAUACCUCACUUCCGGUCGGCCAUUUUAGACAAAGCGCCACAACUUCGUCUCACUCGAGUAAUCUUGCCCCACACGUUAGACCGGACACCAUAGAGCGAUUGUACGGUUGCCUGAGCUGCCAUAAGAAGUUUGUCCAUGAGAGUGACUUGCGGCAGCAUGUGGUCGUCCACAACAGAAAGCGGGCGUUCGCCUGCAACUUGUGUGAGAAGAGCUUUAUGUCCCGCACCGAUCUCCAAAUGCACCUGAAUGUCCACACUGGGGAGAAGCCCUUCAGUUGUGCACAUUGCGGGCGCAGGUUCUCCCACUCCAGCAAUCUGAAAAGACAUCAGAAGCUUCAUCAUUGAGAAAUUGGACAGAAGCAAGAGAUUCCUAUUGAAAAAAGCUGUUCUAGGAAUAUCAUGAGUUCAAACUUGAUUUGUUCUACAGUGCAUUCGGGAAGUAUUCAAUCUAUACACUCUACCCCAUAAUGACAAUACAAAACAGGUUUUACAUUUUUGUGUGUGUAUGUAUGUAUGUGUGUGUGUAUAUAAAUAAAUAAAUAAACCUGGAAAUAUUACAUUUACAUAAGUA